AUGCGGCGGGGCGCGCUGCUGGCGGGGGCGCUGGUCGCCUACGCCGCGUACCUGGUGCUGGGCGCGCUGGCCUUGGCGUGGCUGGAGCGGCCGCACGAAGCGCGACUCCGCGCCGAGCUGGGCGCGCUGCGGGAGCAGCUGCUGCGGCACAGCCCGUGCGUGACGGCCCCGGCGCUGGACGCCUUCGUGGAGCGGGUGCUGGCGGCCGGACGGCUGGGGCGCCUCGUGGUCGCCAACGCGUCGGGGGUCGCCAACGCGUCGGACCCCGCCUGGGACUUCGUCUCGGCGCUCUUCUUCGCCAGCACACUGGUCACCACCGUCGGCUACGGCUACACGACGCCGCUGACAGACGGGGGCAAAGCCUUCACCAUUGCCUUCGCGCUGCUGGGCGUGCCGCUGACCAUGCUGCUGCUGACCGCCUCGGCCCAGCGCCUGGCCCUGCUGCUCACCCGCACGCCACUCGCCUGGCUCAGCCUGCGCUGGGGCUGGCACCCCCGGCGGGCUGCGCGCUGGCACCUGGUGGCGUUGCUGGCUGUCAUCGUGACCACAUGCUUCCUGCUGCCCGCUGCCAUCUUCGCCUCCCUGGAGACGAACUGGAGCUUCCUGGACGCCGUCUACUUCUGCUUCAUCUCCCUGUCCACCAUCGGCCUGGGGGACUACGUGCCCGGGGAGGCCCCAGGGCAGCCCUACCGCGCCCUGUACAAAGUACUGGUCACCGUCUACCUCUUCCUGGGCCUUGUGGUCAUGAUGCUGGGGCUGCACACUUUCCGUCGCGUGGCUGACCUGCACGGCCUCACUGAGAUCUUCCUGCUGCCUCCUGAGACAUACCCCGACGGCGUGGGCACUGUGGAGGACGAGGACGACCAGUCGGACAUUCUGGGCCCCCCAAUGGAAUCACAGCAGCAGCUGGCCACCAGCUCCCACCCAGACUAUGCCUCCAUCCCCAGGUAGCCGCAGCAGGCCAGGGCUCCCCCAAGACUGAGCCAACAGCCGCAAAACAGCCAAGAGCACACACCCAGGCAGUGAGACGCAGCCCCCCUGGUUCUUCAUCCUGUGUUUUUCAUGUCGGGGCUCUGCUGGGUACCCCAUUACCCAGCACCCUCUCCCCUCUUGUCUCCCUGGACUCUGGGCCUCUCUUCCCACCUCUCAUCCUUUCUUUGUUUUCUUGUCCUUUUGUUUCUUUGUAAGCCACACCCCGGGAUGCACAGGGCUUACUCCUGGCUCUGUGCUCAGGGGUCACUCCUGGCAGGGCUUGGGGGACCCUGUGAGGUUCCAGGAUCGAACCCGGUAGG